AUGGCUGGAGACUCGAUCCGCAGCACUCGGCCUGAAAAGCUACGAUCUAGCUGUGAUCGAUGUGGCACGGCCAAAGUGAAAUGCGACAAGGAACAACCAGAAUGUGGGCGGUGCAUCUCACAUGGCGUACCCUGCAUCUAUGGGGUUUCGCGUAAGAUGGGAAAGCCCCCACGACGUGUCAGUCUGUCUCGAUCCACGAGCGACACCGUCACGACUACCCAGAGCAGUAGUGAAACCAGCAGUGGGGGCAUGCCGCUGGAUCUGGAGCCCUCUCCUAGAACGGAUAUGAACACUUGGGAUCAUAUGGAUGAAGACAGCAGUCAGACAUUCAUAGACAUUCUGGAUGCCGGAGGAAUCUUGAACCAUAAUCUUCCAAUACCGAUGAUACCGAAUCUACCGUUGGAUUACAACGAGUGGACUAUCUCAGACCAAACCAGUGUCAACGUCCUUUGCCCUUUUCGAUCCUCUCAGCAAUCUCCAACACAAGGGGAAGAUCUGACGUCCAUGGCUUUCCAGUGGCAAUGGGAUGGGAGUGUCGAACAAGGGUCUAUAUCCCCGGAAGUUGCCAACGACCAUGACUGUCAACGGAAAUCUCAUGAGAUCCUUGAAAGUUUAUCCGUCCACAACAUCGGCAAGUCAGAAGCGGACGAACUCCCACCACCGGCUGGGUUCGCCCUGAAAACAGAGACUACAGUGAACGGAGUGCCACUAGACUUGGUGCUUCAGCUUAAUCGCGAGGCGACUGAGCGCCUAAUUCAGCUCGUUUCUUGCCCCUGUGCACGAAUCCCGUCGGUUGCAUUACUCUAUGCAUCGAUCAUCUCCCGGAUCCUGGCGUGGUACGAGCAGGCUGCUUGCUGCACACAGCCUUCUCCUUUGUCGAGCCUUGCUAGUACGACGGCAGGGAGUAUUUUAACAUCCAGCGACUCUAGUAGAGGUGCAUCCUCACCACCUAUGCAACCUCCAGAGGUAUCGGUCGCACCGUCCCGAAUGAUGAUUGGGACAUUCAAUGUGGAUGAUCCUCGCCUCCAGACUAUGAUGAAUAUACACCUGCUAUCUGGCGAGAUGAAACGAGUCAAGGAUGUUAUCGACCAAUUCGGUUCACAAACCGGCUGCUCAACUCCGGCGACAGGGCAAAUCGGAGGCCUUUGUUUGAGUCUCAACUCAUGGCUUAAGCAGGAUUAUUCAAGGAUUUUGCAUAUGAUGCAAGCUGAAUUGAGGGAACUGAGCAUUUGA